AUGCUGCUGUUGGUGCAGCAACCGUGCACAUGGCUUCGGCUCGUGUAUGCGCUGUAUCGGACGGAGGUCAUCGAACGCAGCUCCAAAGCAGCCGUGUUCAACCCCGAUCAUAUUCACCGACGGCCUUGGACUCAAGGCACGAUGAGGAAGCAGUUGGAUCCUCGCACCCCCACUCUUAUCCGCAACAAUGUGGCGCUCAACCAUCGCUCCUUCUUUGUGAUUGUCGGAGACAAGGGCAAGGACCAGAUCGUCAACCUUCACUUCCUACUCUCGCAAUCCCGCGUCCAGUCUCGACCCAAUGUGCUGUGGUGCUACAAGAAGGAUCUCGGUUUCACGACGCACCGCAAGAAGCGCGAGCAGAAGAUCAAGAAUGACAUCAAGCGUGGCGUGCGUGAAAAGGGUCAGGGCGACCCCUUCGAGCUCUUCGUCAGUCUCACCGACAUCCGAUACUGCUACUACAAGGACACACCCAAGAUCCUCGGUCAGACAUACGGCAUGCUCAUCUUGCAGGACUUUGAAGCCGUCACACCCAACAUGCUUGCAAGAACCAUCGAGACCGUGGAGGGAGGCGGAGUCGUCAUCCUGCUCCUCAAGACCAUGUCCAGCUUGCGACAACUCUACUCGCUCGGCAUGGACGUCCAUCGCAAUUAUGGGUCCAACGCAUCCGACGACGACCCUGUCGCACGCUUCAACGAGCGUUUCCUUCUUUCGCUCGGAGCAAAUCAGGACACACUGCUUCUCGACGACGAACUCAACGUACUACCACUGAGCAAAGGCAAGGACAUUCAGCCUCUCCCAGAGACCAGCACAGGCGCUGGAACCGGCGUUGGCUCUACCGUUCGAAAGGGCAAGGAGCGGGUGGAAGCAGAGGAGGAGCUCGCCGAGCUCAAGGAUCAGGUACGAGAAACCAAGCUCGUUGGCCAGGUCGUAAGGCACGCCAAGACCCUUGAUCAAGCCAAAGCUGUCCUCACCAUCCUCGAUAUCCUGGCCAGCUCGUCUCUCUCUACCACUGUAGCCCUUACCGCGGCCCGAGGUCGCGGAAAGUCGGCCGCGCUCGGUCUUUGUAUCGCCGCUGCUGUAGCACACGGCUACAGCAACAUCUUUGUCACCUCACCAAGCCCAGAGAACCUCAAGACCCUGUUCGAGUUCGUCUUUAAGGGUCUCGAUGCGCUUGGCUACGAGGAGGUAGCCGACUGGGAUCUGCAGAGGGGUACAGGAGAGUGGAAGGACGUUGUGGUGCGCGUCAACAUCUUCCGUGGUCAUCGUCAAACCAUCCAAUACAUUCAGCCGCAAGAUCACCAAGUGCUAGGUCAGGCCGAGCUCGUCGUCAUCGACGAGGCCGCCGCGAUCCCGCUGCCGCUGGUUCGCAACCUGAUGGGACCCUACCUCGUCUUCCUGUCUUCCACCAUCAACGGAUACGAGGGCACAGGUCGAAGUCUCUCGCUCAAACUUAUCCAGCAGCUCCGUGAUAACGCGAGAGGCAUCGUCGACCCGUCCAGUACCGACGAUUCGGCCGCUUCAUCCAGCAAGGCUACACGCAAGGAGGCCAAAGGCGGUCUCAACACCGGUCGUGCUGCAGGUGCCGCAUUGGCUGCCAGAUCGCUCAAGGAGGUCGAGCUCAAGGAGCCCAUCCGAUACUCGCGCGGCGACAAGAUCGAGUCGUGGCUCCACCAGCUGCUCUGUCUCGACGCAUCGCUCACGCGUCUGUCGUCCGCAGCACUCAAAGCCAAGGGCUGCCCUCACCCUUCGUCGUGCGACCUCUACAUGGUCAAUCGCGAUGCCCUGUUCAGCUAUCACCCAGCGUCCGAAGUGUUCCUGCAGCGCAUGAUGGCGCUCUACGUGGCGAGCCACUACAAGAACUCGCCCAACGACCUCCAGCUCAUGAGCGACGCGCCAGGUCACCGACUCUUUGUCCUGCUCGCACCACUCAAAGGUAAUGAGGGCGGUCUGCCGGAGCCGCUGUGCGUGAUUCAAGUUGCAUUGGAGGGCAACAUCAGCCGCGGUGCCGUGCUCAACAGUUUGAGCCGUGGCACACGCGAGGCGGGCGACCUCAUCCCAUGGCUUGUAGCCCAGCAGUUCCAGGACGCCGACUUUGCUUCGCUAUCGGGCGCUCGCGUCGUACGUAUCGCUGUACACCCCGACUACGCACGCAUGGGGUAUGGAGCACGCGCGUUGCAAGCGCUCGAGGCGUUCUACAGCGGACAAUUGCUUGAUGUCGACAAUGUUCGAGACGACCUGGACGACGGCGAGACGUUCGCCGCCGUACGCGACAAGAAGAUUUCCAAGGAUGCGAACCUGCUGCAGGGAGACGAGAUCCGAGUGCGAGACGCAGCACGAAUGCCUGCUCUGCUGCAGAGGCUGUCAGAGCGAAGACCCGAACAGCUCGACUGGCUCGGCGUGUCGUAUGGUCUCACACCGCAGCUAUUCAAGUUUUGGAAGAAGGCAGGGUACACACCGCUCUGGGUGCGUCAGAUCGCCAACGACCUCACGGGCGAAUACACGACCGUGCAACUCAAAUCGCUCGAAACUUCGACGUCGACGACGGGUUCAGCUUGGCUUGGAUCGCUGGCCGCCGACUUCCGCAAACGAUUUAUCUCGUUGCUGUCGUACAGGUUCCGCGAGUUCUCCACCAUCACUGCGCUGACGGUGCUCGAGGCGGCGACGCAGGGCGCUCGACUCGCCGAUGCCGACGAGGAUGUAUCAAACGCUUCGUUGGUUUCGUCACCCUUGGGUGCUGUCGAGCUGCGCACGCUGUUGACGCCGUUCGACAUGAAGCGCCUCGAUUCAUAUUCGAACAACAUGGUCGAAAUGUCGGUCGUGCUCGACCUGCUACCUACGCUUGGCGCACUCUACUUUAACAACCGACUCCGAGCCGUGCGCGAGGACGAGGCGGCCGCAUCCGCCAUCGAUGCGCAGGACGAGGAGGAGGAGCUGCGGUUGUCUGGUUUGCAGUCCUCGCUGCUGCUGGCCAUCGGACUCCAAAGAAAGACGCCGGACGAGAUCAGCGUCGAGCUACGACUGCCGCUUCAGCAAGCCAUGGCCCUCUUUGUCAAGACGGUGCGAUUGCUCGUCAAGAGCCUGCGCAAGGUGGAGAAGAAGGACAUUGCACGAUCGAUGCCGGAGCUCGCAUCAGGGCUCGACGCACGCGCUCCGCUGCGGAAGAAGGCAAACGGCGCUGGCAGCGCAGACCAAGGAGACGACUGGACCGCACUGAAAGGAGAUCUACAGUCCGAGUUGCGGGAUGCUGGACGCGAGUUCCUGACAGGCCACAAGGAAGGAGGGGCAGAUGACGACGAUGAUGACGAUGACGAUGACGAUGAAGACGAGGAGGAGGAUUCCAUCGAUGAAGAUGACGAUGAAGAGGACGAGGAUGAGGAUGAGGAUGAGGAUGAGGACGACGAGGAGCUUCUUGCAGCCAAGCAGAAGCUGAUCGAUUCUAUGGAUCUGUCCAAAUACGCCAUCAACGACGAUGGAGCAGAUGGCGCCAGAUGGAGUCAAGCCGAGGCCGAAGUCGCCAAUAUGCUGCGCAAGAAUGGUGGCAGCGAUCUGAAAGGGUUCAACACCACCAUCUCGGUCAAAGGGACCAAGCGUGCAGCCGACGACAAGGUCGAGGCAAGUCCCAAGAAAGGAUCAGACAAGAAGGGCGGAAAAAAGAAGCAGAAGCGUCAAUGA